AUGUCCACGCUAGUGGUGUUCACUAUAGGGUUCUCGAUUGUCUCUCAUGGAAAUUAGGUCUACUCCCAACUCUUCUGAGGGAAACGGAAUACAUGUGCAGCAAACUAGGUGAGCGUUGCUUACUGGUCUACUUGUGUGUUAGGGUUGACUUACUAUGUUUUUAAAUAAAUUGCGCACAUUGCAUACACUGAGAGAUUAGUCAUAUACUGAGGUAUUUGGGAAAAAUUACUAAAUAUGGUGCAAAAAAUCAAUCGUUGAUUCUUUGGCGUUUUCAAACCUGGAAUCUCAGUCCCGUGUUUAGGAAACUACAAUGUCUUAACUCGGUUGUUGGAGGAUUCGUGGGCACCAAAUGUCCAACAAGAGUAGGGAUAUAUGAUGCGUGCAAAAUGCUGAUUUCGUCUGCCUGUAGUUCCACAUGUUCGACGAGUUAUAAGUGGGAUUCAA